UCUUCACUCUAAAAAUUAUGUGCAUAGAGACUUAUGUGCAAGAAAUGUAUUAUUAGUGUCCGAAAAUUCUGCUAAAAUAAGUGACUUCUUUAUGUCUAAAGCACUUAAUAUGGGAGAAGAUUAUUACAAGGCCAAAGAAGCUGGUAAAUGUCCAUUACAGUGGUCUGCUCCAGAAUGUGUAUAUUAUUGGAAGUUUGAUGCUAAAUCUGAUGUAUGGAGUUAUGGUAUAACACUGUGGGAGGCAACUUCAUAUGGUGAAAAACCUUACAGGGUAUCCAAGAAGAUACGGCAAACACCACACCGUCCAACGAUACAUUACAGAAAUUGUCGAACCAUUAUAUUGGUAAUAGUGGCAUGCAACUUGGUAUUGAACUGGGAUUGGCUAGUUCUGAAAUCCAAGGAAUUCAAUAUGAACAUAGAGGGAAAUUAGUACAGCAGAACAAAGACAUACUACGAGUUUGGAGUCAGGCAAAAUUUCCUAAACCAACUGUUAAAAUCCUUAUCAAGGCUUUACAAAGGAUUGGAAAAAUAGAUUGUUUGAGAAGCAUAUCGUUUUAACGAGUAGAAAUUGAUACAAAGAACAACAAUCUUCACUUUGUACUUUAGAUAUACAUAAUAUUUUAUACAUGUUGUUCGAGGAGACAAAACCCAAGGAAUGACUUUAUA